GGCGCAGGCGGGGAAACAAGAUGGCGGCCGGCGGCGAUCCGGAGCGGGGCGCCGGCGAUUCGCGCUGAGCCGCGGCCCUCCCGGCCCGGCCCCCCCCGGCCCGGCCCCGCGCCCGAGCGGGGCGCGGAGCCUCCCCGUAGCCGCCUGUCCGGACUUCCGAGCGCCCUCCCGAGCCGCCCUUUCCACCACCCCCCCCGCCUCCCUUCCCCCUUCCCUCGGCCAGCGCCCAGCGAUGCGGGGCCGGCGCGGGAGGCCGCCCAAGCAGCAGCAGCCGGCGGCGGCCGCCGCUCCGGCGAGCGCCCCGGCCCCGGCGGGCCCCAUCGGCGGGCUGCGCUCCCGGCAGCGCGGCAGCAGCCGCGGCAGGUGGGCGGCCGCGGCCCAGCCGGAGACGGCGGGGCCCAAGCAGAAGGGAGCCGGCGCUGCCCAGGCCUCGCCGCCCGCCGCCGCCUCGCCCAGGGGGGGCGGCAAGAGGAAGGCGGGCGGCGGCGGCGGCACCCCCGGUGGGGGAGGCAGCGGCGGUAAGGGCAGGGGCAGGGCCGGGGCGGCAGGAGCAGGGGGAGGAGGAGGAGGCGCAGGAGGCAGCUGCAACAGCCAAGGCAGGGCUGCCUCGUCCAGGAGGAGCAUCAGCAAAGUGGUGUACGACGAUCAUGAGAGCGAGGAGGAGGAGGAGAGCAUGGUGUCCGAGGAGGAGGAGGAGGGAGACCCCGAGGAUAACCAGAACUCCGAGGAGGAAGAGGAGGAGGAGAUAAUGGAGGAGGAGGACGACGACGACUCCGACUACCCCGAGGAGAUGGAGGAUGAGGACGACGCCAGUUAUUGCACUGAGAGCAGCUUCAGGAGCCACAGCACCUACAGCAGCACCCCAGGUAGGAGAAGACAAAGAGCACAUCGUCCUCGCUCUCCGAUACUGGAAGAAAAAGAUAUCCCACCCUUGGAGUUUCCUAAAUCCUCAGAGGACUUAAUGGUGCCUAGUGAGCAUAUAAUGAAUGUUAUUGCCAUCUAUGAGGUACUAAGGAACUUUGGCACUGUUUUACGCCUCUCUCCUUUUCGUUUUGAGGACUUCUGUGCUGCUCUGGUAAGUCAAGAGCAGUGCACACUUAUGGCAGAGAUGCACAUAGUGCUUUUAAAAGCAGUUUUACGUGAAGAAGACACUUCAAAUACUACCUUUGGACCUGCUGACCUCAAAGAUAGCGUUAAUUCCACUUUGUAUUUCAUAGAUGGAAUGACGUGGCCAGAGGUCCUGCGGGUUUAUUGUGAGAGUGACAAGGAAUACCAUCAUGUUCUUCCUUACCAAGAGACAGAGGACUAUCCUUAUGGACCAGUAGAGAAUAAAAUCAAAGUCCUGCAGUUCUUAGUGGAUCAGUUCCUUACCACAAACAUUGCCCGGGAGGAGUUAAUGUCAGAAGGUGUCAUUCAGUACGAUGAUCACUGUAGGGUCUGUCACAAGCUCGGGGAUUUGCUGUGCUGUGAGACCUGCUCGGCCGUGUAUCACCUGGAGUGUGUGAAACCCCCUCUGGAGGAGGUGCCCGAGGACGAGUGGCAGUGUGAGGUCUGUGUGGCACACAAGGUGCCUGGAGUGACUGACUGUGUUGCUGAAAUCCAAAAAAACAAGCCCUACAUCCGACAUGAGCCCAUUGGAUACGACAGGCACAGGAGGAAAUACUGGUUCCUGAACAGGAGGAUCAUCAUAGAGGAAGAUUCAGAAAGUGAGAAGGAUAAGAAAAUCUGGUACUACAGCACAAAGAUCCAGCUGGCAGAGUUGAUUGAAUGCCUGGACAAAGAUUACUGGGAAGCUGACCUAUGCAAAACCCUGGAUGAAAUGCGUGAGGAGGUUCAUCGGCACAUGGAUGUGACAGAAGACCUCACAAACAAAGCAAGGGGCAACAACAAGUCUUUCCUUUCUGCAGCAAAUGAUGAAAUUUUGGACAUCAUCAGAGCAAGAAAAGGAGAAAUAGUGGAAGAUAAAAACACAGGAGAUGAUGAAGGAGAAAAGGCCAAAAGUGAUGGUGAUAAUGACCAGACAGAUGCUGAGAGAGACAAGGAAGAAUCUGGAGACCAAGAUAAAAUUGAGGAAACACAGAAUGAGCAAGAUGUGGAAAAAGAGAAAACAGAAGAGGCAACAGUCGUUGGGGAUAAAAGUAACUCUGUGACACCAAGCACUGAUGACAACACCACAAAUCCUUCUGCAGGAGACAGUAGUUGCCCUGAAGGGAAGAACGUGGGGUGUCAGUCAGAAACCCUUGAUAGCAACAACGUGGCAGAGAAGAAGGUGGCACCAGAGCUCCCCCUGGAACUCUCAGAAGAAACUGGUCAGAUGAUCCCCAGCAACAGCAGCAGUGGGUCUGCUGCACCUCCACAGCCAGAUGUUGAAAACAGCAGUGGCAGUGAGCAGAAUGACUCCAUCAGGACUCUGGAUGAUGCUGAAAAUGCAGAGAGGGGAUCCCAGACUUCAGAGGACAUAGGAGAGAAAUCUAAUGGUGAAAGAAGUGAUUCUCCAGGAGCAGGAAGAGGCACACCAGGCUCGACACGAAUGCUCACCAGGUUGAGGAAUCCAGACAGCAAACUGAGCCAGAUGAAAAACCAGCAGGUUGCUGCUGCAGCACAGGAAGCAAAUAAGUUAUAUAAAGAAACCAGAGAGGUUCUGGUGGUGAACUCUCAAGGCGAAGUCUCCCGAGUGAACACCAAGAAGGACGUUGUGAUUAAAGGAAAUAUGAACAAUUAUUUCAAGUUGGGGCAGGAGGGGAAGUACAGAGUUUAUCACAACCAAUAUGCCACCAAUUCCUUUGCAUUGAACAAGCACCAGCACAGGGAGGACCACGACAAGAGACGACACCUCUCCCAUAAAUUCUGCCUGACCCCAGCUGGGGAGUUCAAGUGGAACGGGUCUGUGCAUGGCUCCAAAGUCCUGACCAUCUCCACCUUGAGGCUCACGAUUAUUCAGCUGGAAAACAACAUCCCAGCAUCAUUCCUCCACCCUAACUGGGCUUCCCACAGGUCUAACUGGAUUAAGGCUGUUCAGAUGUGCAGCAAGCCCAGAGAAUUUGCACUAGCACUGGCUAUAUUGGAGUGUGCAAUUAAACCAGUUGUCAUGCUGCCCAUCUGGAGGGAAUCCUUGGGGCACACGAGAUUACGCAGAAUGACAGCAAUAGAAAGAGAAGAAAAGGAGAAAGUGAAAAAAAAAGAGAGGAAACAAGAAGAAGAAGAAACCAUGCAGCAAGCUACGUGGGUGAAGUACACAUUUCCUGUCAAACACCAGGUUUGGAAGCAAAAAGGAGAGGAAUACAGAGUAACAGGAUAUGGUGGCUGGAGUUGGAUUAGUAAAACCCAUGUGCACAGGUUUAUGCCCAAACUGCCAGGAAAUACUAAUGCAAAUUACAGAAAAUUGCUAUCAACAAAGAGCGAAGAUGAAAAAUGCAACUUGGACAAACGAAAAGGGCCCACUAAGGUAAAAACAGAGAAAGACAGAGCAAAGGACUCUCGUGAUGUGCAAGCAAAAGACAAAGCAGAUGUUUCAGAAACCUUGGAGAAAGUGAAAGAAGAAAAGUUGCCUGAAGAAAAAGUAGAAGUUGAUACAAUUUCUGAAAACUUGGAUCAGGCAAAAGACACAGCGGAGAAGGAAAUCGAUGGUGAAAAUGAUAAAGUCAUCAAGGAAGAACCUAUGGAUGUAGAUGAUGUGAAAAUUGAAUCCUCCCUGAAAGAUGAGGACAGUCACUGUAAGCUGGAUAUAAUCAAUGUCAGCGAGGGCUUUCAUUUAAGGACUUGCUACAAAAGGAAAGUAAAAUCAUCCAAAUUAGACGGACUUCUGGAGCGGAGAAUAAAACAGUUCACGCUGGAGGAAAAACAACGCCUGGAGAAGAUGAAGCUGGAGGCUGGUGCUAAAACUGGGGGCAUUCGGUCUGUGAGCCCCCAGAAAAACACAGAUGAGCUACAGAGGAAAGGAAAAGAAGGAGGCCAGUUUGACAUUUCCUCCCAAGAUCAGACUUACAUGUCAGAUAAGACCCAGCCUGAAGAUGCAGAACAAGACUCUUUGCCCAUCAGCAGCAUCUGCUCUACCAAAACUGGUGAGGAGGAGGAACCUUUGACAAACAGGCUGUCAAAAGGAGAAGGGCAGCUACUGGAUGAAGACUCACCUCAGUCCUCUGAAGGAGAAAGCUCCAUUCACAGUGAUGGUAAAGAAAACAACUCUGAACCUACAACUGCUGAUAAGUGUCAAGGACAAGAGGCUCUUGGAGAGUCUGAGAGUUCUUUAGUGGAUGGUUUGAAGCAAACCAGUGCAGAAGGCAAAAUCAAAUGGGACAUUUCAGAAACAAAUGAAGAACCUUUGGAACAAAAACUACCUGUUACCAGAGUAUCUCAGCGAGAACUUGAAAACUUAGGGCCAGUGGUACCUGAAAGUGGCUGUCGAAGAGAUGCUGUGGCCACUCCUGAAAAACCAGAUCCAGAAGGGAAUUCUGAGCAGCAGAGCAAAGAUCCAGAAAACAACUGUAUGGCAAAAAGCCAUAUGGAAACGACAUCCUCUCAAGAAAGUGAAAUGGAGGAAGAAAUUCCUCCUGUAAAGACUGAAAGUAAAUCUGAAAAGAAGAUCAUAUUUCACCAAAAAUCAGCUAAUAAAGACCUAGAACCACUUAAAUCAGGGCUGAUUUCUGAAAGAAACCUGGAAAGUCAAACUGUGGAGCACAUGGAUGGGGUAGAUGUUAAUGAGGAUUUACUGAGCUCCAAACUAACUGAGGCUAAUGGUCAAAAGAAAGGGCAGGAUCUGAAAGUGGAAACAAGUACCAUAAACAAAUAUCAUGAUCAGACAAAUGUAAAUACUGACAAAAAGAAUAAUAAUGGUGAUGAAACUGAGGCAGAUGUAGAAAAAGAAAAAUCAUCAUUUCAAAUGAAUGGAAAAGACAGUGACAUUAAAGGUUUAUCACAUGAUGAGUGCUCAGUGAAAGAUACCUGUGAAGCUAAGGCAGGGGGUGAUAUUGAACCAAAAGUUAAUAAUAUUAAUAAAUCCAUUCCAGAACAUGAAAUAAAACCAUUGACUUUUAAGGAAUCUUCAGUGAAACCAUUCAUGAAUGGUGACAUCAUGGUAGAGGACACAAAGGACAAAAAUAAUGUGGACUCAAAGUCACGUCUGCAGAGUUCACCUGAGUCUGAGUCUGGAGAGAGUCUUCAGCCACCAGAUGAAGUUCCCAAGUAUGUGCAGAAAACUGAAGAAAACCAGUUUUCUCCUGAGAGAUCUGCCAGUGUUGGCUCUGCUUCCCCACCAACACAGACUGUCUGUAAAGAAAACACCCUGAGCAGUGAGACAGAAUCCAUGGAAACUGAGGUCACUGAGGAGAACAAAGUCGCUCCCUCGCCUGUAACCCCAUGUGAGGAAUCCAGCCUGGGCGGUCACUUCGCUGCCCGGAACGGUGUCCAGGCACAUCAGAUGGAAAACAUGAAUGGGGAAAGUAAAGUAAAAACUGUUAUUACUGAGGUGACUACCACGACUUCAACUGUGUCCACGGAAUCCAAAACGGUGUUUAAGGUGGCAGAGACCGGAGCUGCCAGUGAGGAGAAAACCACGGUCGUUUCAUCUACAGAAAAUUGUGCCAUAUCCACUGUAACCACCACCACCACUGUAACCAAGCUCACCACUCCAGCCACAGACAGCAACACUGAUGUCAUUUCUGUCCAGGAGCACAGUAAAACAGUGGUGACAACAACAGUCACCGACUCCCUGACCACCCCGGAGGGCACACUGGUGACUUCCAUGACUGUCAGCAAGGAAUAUUCCACAAAAGACAAAGUGAAGCUAAUGAAGUUUGCAAGACCCAAAAAAACUCGUUCUGGAACUGCCUUACCAUCCUAUAGAAAAUUUGUUACCAAAAGCAGUAAAAAAAGCAUAUUUGUUUUACCCAAUGAUGACUUAAAAAAGCUGGCCAGGAGAGGGGGGAUCAGAGAGGUUCCCUAUUUCAAUUACAAUGCAAAGCCUGCCUUGGAUAUCUGGCCAUAUCCAUCCCCAAGACCAACUUUUGGGAUCACUUGGAGGUACCGACUCCAAACAGUCAAAUCCUUGGCUGGGGUGAGCCUGAUGUUGAGAUUGCUCUGGGCAUGUCUCAAGUGGGAUGAUAUGGCAGCAAAAGCUCCACCUGGAGGAGGAACCACAAGGACAGAAACAACUGAAACUGAAAUUACAACGACAGAAAUAAUCAAGAGGAGAGACGUUGGUCCCUAUGGAAUCCGGUCAGAGUACUGUAUAAGAAAAAUUAUUUGUCCCAUUGGUGUCCCAGAGGCUCCAAAAGAAACUCCAACACCCCAGAGGAAGGGACUUCGAUCAAGUGCCCUCAGGCCAAAAAGGCCAGAAACACCCAAGCAAACAGGCCCUGUAAUAAUGGAAACUUGGGUAGCAGAGGAGGAGUUGGAGCUGUGGGAGAUCAGGGCAUUUGCUGAAAGGGUGGAGAAGGAAAAGGCACAGGCAGUUGAACAACAGGCUAAGGUUAGUGAACAGAAGAAGGCAGAGGAAUUCAAGGCCCAAUUGGAGGCUCAGCUAAAACACCAACGUUUGGCUGCCCAGCAGAAACGGCUGGAGCAGCAGAAGCAGAUCCCUGCAGGAGGGGUGGUGGCUGCAGCCACCACGUCCAGCAGCACUGCCACCACUGUGUCCACUCCUCAGAAAGUCGUGGUGGGCCCCUUGGCAGGCCCAGUCCCCACGGGAACCAAAGUAGUGCUGACUACUAAAGUGGGUUCUCCAGCUACAGUAACAUUCCAACAGAACAAGAACUUCCAUCAGACUUUUGCUACUUGGGUUAAACAAGGCCAAUCUUCAACAGCCACUAGCACAGCUGCCACCUCAGCCACAACCAUUGCCAGCACAGGGCAGACCUUCCAGCUCUCAGGCAGCCCAGUAACGAUGGCAGGGAAAGUGAUAACUAAGCUGCCACUCCCUGCAAACAGCAAGAUUGUUGCCGUCAAUGUGCCAUCAACUCAAGGAGGUGUGGUUCAAGUUCAGCAAAAGGUAUUGGGUAUCAUUCCAUCAACUACAGGUGCAAGUCAAACCUUUACUUCAUUCCAGCCAAGGACAGCAACUGUAACCAUUAGGCCAAACACCACAGGGACAUUAGGAACAACAAGCACUUCACAAGUAGUGCCAGGGACACCGCUCCGCCCUGGAAUGACAGUGAUCCGGACACCACUCCAGCAGUCAACCCUUGGGAAGACCAUCAUCAGAACACCUGUAGUGGUGCAACAAGGUAUUCUUCCAGCCAGUCAGACACAGCAAGUGGUGACUCAGAUAAUCAGGGGGCAGCCUGUCUCAACAGCAGUUUCCAGUACCAGCACAGCUUCUUCCAGUGCUGGGCAGAAAACGGUCACAAGUUCUGGAACUCCCCCUCAGGCAGUGCAGCCACAGACCCCCUCGCAGCCCCCUCGCCCUCAGCAGGGGCAGGUGAAGCUCACCAUGGCCCAGCUCACCCAGCUCACACAAGGACAGGGUGGCAGUCAAGGCUUAACUGUGGUAAUUCAGGGACAAGGUCAAACUACUGGUCAGCUACAAUUAAUCCCUCAGGGUGUGACUGUAAUACCUGGCCCAGGACAGCAGCUAAUGCAAGCAGCUAUGCCAAAUGGUACAAUUCAGAGGUUCCUUUUCACCCCACUCCCAGCAGCUGCUACUACAGCCAGCACAACUACAACCACGGUUUCUACUUCGACCUCGGGUACAGGGGAGCAGAAGCAGGCUCUGCAGGCCCAGCCAGCAUCAGCACUGCCACCAGUUCAGGGACAGCCUCAGAGCCAGCAGCAGUCCCAGGCUCCGGCGCAGAUCCCGCCUUUGCCCCAGCCCGAGGCUCAGGGCCAGCCCGAGGCUCAGGCUCCAGCUCCUGGUGACUCUCCAGUCCCUCCUGAAGCACAACCAUCCAAAUCUCCGGCUCAGUCUCCAGCCCAGGCUCCAGGGCUCUCUCCGGCGCCAGUCCCGAUCCAGCCACAGCCCGCGGUCCUGCCCCAAGGCCAGUCCCAAGCCCAGGCUCAGCAACCAGCUCAGGUGCAGACUCCAACCCACCAACCGAGCCCGAUGCAGCCCCCUGCUCCCAUCCAAAUUCCAGCUCAGCUGCAGCAGGUCUCAACCCUUCCGAGUUUAAAUCAGGUUCCUGUGCAAUCCCCAGCUCGUCCUCAGCUGCAACUUCAGCAGCCUCCAACAAAAGUUAUUGCAGUGCCUCAGCUUCAGCAGCGAGUGCAAGUUCUCUCCCAGCUGCAGUCCCAGGUGGUGGCUCAGAUACAAGGCAGUUUGCCCCAGCAGAUCAAGCUGCAGUUACCCCUUCACAUCCACCAAAGCAGCCCAGGGCAGGCUCACCAGAUUCAGAAUGUGGUGACAGUGCAAGCAGCUAGUGUUCAGGAGCAGCUGCACAGAGUUCAGCAGCUCAGGGAGCAGCAACAGAAGAAAAAGCAGCAACAGAUAGAAAUUAAACGUGAGCACACCCUUCAGGCUUCUAAUCAAAGUGACAUUAUCCAGAAACAGGUGGUUAUGAAGCAGAAUGCUGUCAUAGAACACCUGAAACAGAAGAAGAUGCUGACACCAGCUGAGAGGGAAGAAAAUCAGAGGAUGAUUGUGUGCAACCAAGUGAUGAAAUAUAUUCUGGAUAAGAUAGACAAGGAAGAAAAACAGGCAGCUAAGAAGCGGAAGCGAGAGGAGAGCGUGGAGCAGAAGCGCAGCAAACAGAACGCCACCAAGCUCUCAGCUCUGCUCUUCAAGCACAAAGAACAGCUGAAAGCUGAAAUACUGAAAAAAAGAGCACUUCUGGACAAAGAUCUACAGAUUGAAGUGCAGGAGGAGCUAAAGAGAGACUUGACUAAAAUUAAGAAAGAAAAGGAAAAGGCCCAGGCAGCAGCUGCUGCAGCAGCAGCCGCAGCCGCCGCAGCCGCAGCCGCUGCCCCACCACCACCACCACCAGUGCCACCAGUGCCACCACCACAGCAGGCAGCCAGCGUCACCUCCUGCUCCUCCACCACUGUCCCAGUGCCAGUGUCCUCCCAGAAGAGGAAACGAGAGGAGGAGAAGGAUUCCUCGGCUUCCAAGUCCAAGAAAAAGAAAAUGAUUUCUACUACCUCAAAGGAAACGAAGAAGGACACAAAGCUUUACUGCAUCUGUAAAACGCCUUACGACGAGUCCAAGUUCUAUAUUGGCUGUGAUCUUUGUACUAACUGGUAUCAUGGAGAAUGUGUUGGAAUCACAGAAAAGGAGGCUAAGAAAAUGGAUGUGUACAUCUGUAAUGAGUGUAAACGGGCACAAGAGGGCAGCAGUGAGGAGUUGUACUGUAUCUGCAGAACACCUUAUGAUGAGUCGCAAUUCUACAUUGGCUGUGACCGGUGUCAGAACUGGUAUCACGGGCGCUGCGUUGGCAUUUUGCAGAGCGAGGCCGAUCUCAUCGACGAGUACGUGUGUCCCCAGUGCCAGUCCACAGAGGAUGCCAUGACUGUGCUCAGCCCCCUCACUGACAAGGACUAUGAAGGGUUAAGGAGAGUCCUGCGCUCCUUGCAGGCUCACAAGAUGGCAUGGCCCUUCCUAGAACCAGUAGAUCCCAACGAUGCACCAGAUUAUUAUGGUGUCAUUAAAGAACCAAUGGACCUGGCCACCAUGGAGGAACGGAUCCUGAAACGCUACUACAAAAAGGUCACGGAGUUUGUGGCAGAUAUGACCAAAAUUUUUGAUAACUGCCGUUACUACAAUCCCAGUGACUCCCCUUUCUACCAGUGUGCAGAAGUUCUCGAGUCUUUCUUUGUACAGAAACUAAAAGGAUUUAAGGCAAGCAGGUCCCAUAACAACAAACUGCAGUCUACAGCUUCUUAGAGUUCAGCGUGUUACCAAACACACGAGCAAGGAUCUGGUUGUCUGACAAUUUUUAAUUAAGGAGCCAGAUGUUUUUAGUCAGGUUGUCCUGACAAGACUUGAUGUAAACUGCGUUUUUAUUGGUCACAACAGUCAAAUUAUAUUCUUGGCUUAUUUUGUCCAAAGGACAAAGAAAUAAAAAAAAUCAGCAGCACCACUUUCUUGUCAAGAUCAAAUUGUUGUACUAUUGUGGCAGAAGCGGGAAAACUUUGUUUUGGUGGAGGAGAGAGAGAAAGAGAGCAAGAAAAAAAGAUACAGUAAAUGGGGUCACGUUUAACUCCAUGGAAAUGCCACGUCUGUUCUUCAGUGAAGAAGCUGGUUUAAAGUCCACACAGAAAACUUUGACUGUAUUUAUUUAUUGUUGCAAAAAAGACGCUUUUUUAUUGCUGCCCUCAUUUGUCAGCUAAUUAUUUUUUCUUAUAAAAUCCAGCCCCGGUUCCAUGUAAUCCAUUCUGUAUCUUAACAUGAUUCCUGUAGGUAAAAGUACAAGAAGACCUCUAGAUGUCUUUUCUUUCUAUGAAAGGAGCUGCUAUGUACACAUGUGCACACACACAGGACUGGGAAUCAACAAGGAGUUUAUCAUUCAUGGUAGAUAAAAACAAGCUUGCAUAGAAGUUGGGCUGAGUGGUCAUGGACUACAGACUCUGUUGCCUUGAAUAUAACAGUACAAUUUGUCAUUUACUCUGCACCAGACUGAACUGAGUAAAAUCUAUUUGAAGGUAUCUUGUUUGUAAACAUUUGUCAGAUUCUAAUUUUUUUUUUCUUUUGUAUUAAAAUUCAAAAUAUGGAUGUAUAUGAAACAAAAUAAAUGGAGAUCAUUGUUCUCCCCACA